CUUUUAUAAGGAGCGUUUUCUUCUCUUCAAAUUGUAAGUGCUAUAGGAAAUCAUUUCUUCAGUCUCUCCCUAGUGUUUGCACUUGGUUCUCUCCCUUCUUCAUGGCCAAAUAAUUUACCUAGUGAAGUUCACUAUUUGACUAACAAUGGCUACACUCACUUUCUUCAUAAUCUUCACAUCUAUAUUUUUACCAAUUGCAUCUGAGCCUCUGUUGUCAACUUAUGUUGUCCAUGUUGAUACCAAAACAAGACCAUCUCAUUACUUAACUCAUGAUGAAUGGUACAAUUCAAUGAUUGAAUCAGUUCUUGAUAACAAAAUAGACUCAGAUUCUACUUCUCCAAGGAUGUUCUACUCAUAUGAUGUAGUCUUACAAGGCUUUGCAGCAAGAUUGACUGAUCAAGAAUCCAAAAAAUUAAGUGACUUCCCAGAAAUCAAUGGCAUUUUCAAAGACCAUUUUAGGAUUAAGCUUGAUACUACGCAUUCGUCCGAAUUUCUUGGACUAAACACAAAUUAUGGGCUGUGGCCAGAGUCUAAUUUUGGAGAUGAUGUUAUAAUUGGCCUUGUUGAUACUGGAAUUUGGCCUGAAAGUGAGAGCUUCAAGGAUGAUGGUCCUAUUCCAUCAAGGUGGAAAGGCAAAUGUGUCGAUGGAAUCGCGUUCAAUGCCACGAGGAGUUGUAACAGAAAACUUAUUGGUUCUAGGAAUUUCGUUAAAGGGAAUAAUAUCCAAUCGCCACGAGAUCAAGACGGGCAUGGAACCCAUACUGCUUCAACUGCAGCAGGGGCAGAGGUUGCUGGUGCCAAUGUAUUCGGUUUUGCAAAGGGGAAAGCACGAGGGAUUGCGAGCAAGGCUCGGAUUGCAAUGUAUAAAGCCUGUGGGAAGAUGUUUUGCGCAGAGUCUGAUGUUUUAGCAGCUAUUGAAUGUGCUAUAAAGGAUGGUGUAGACAUACUUUCACUUUCAUUGGGAUACGGGCGCGAUCCGUUUUAUGAAGAUCCAGUGGCAAUUGGAACAUUUGCUGCUGUUAAAAGGAACAUCUUUGUUGCAUGUUCAGCUGGAAAUAUUGGACCAUAUAACUUUUCAGUUCACAAUACAGCACCUUGGAUGACAACAGUUGGAGCUGGAUCACUCGAUCGCGAUUUCCCCGUUGAAAUCAAGUUAUCAAACAACAAGACUUUUGUUGGUUCUUCUCUUUAUCCAGGGAAAAUAAGUGGUAAAAAUUACCCUCUUGUUUAUAUUGGGAAUUGUUCAAGAAUGACUAUCGCUCGUUAUAAAGUUAAAGGAAGGAUUGUAGUUUGCAACACUAGUAAAUUUGAAGCUCCAACAAAUGGGAUUUUAAUUCAGAAAGCAGAUGGUGUUGGAUUGAUUCAAUUAAAUCUUGCCACUGAAGGACAGGGCCUGAGAGCAAUGGCUUACACAUUACCUUCUGCAACAUUGGGUUAUAAAGAAGGGAUAGAACUUGUUUCUUUCAUUAAAUCCAAUGCUUAUCCAACAGCAAGAUUCGUACGUCGAAAGGGUACUGUUGUUGGGAAAACAGAGAGAGCUCCAAGUGUUGUUAGCUUUUCUUCAAGAGGGCCAAAAGGUGUUGUUCCUGAAGUCCUCAAACCGGACUUAAUUGCUCCGGGUUUGAACAUUCUUGCAGCGUGGCCAGGUGACAUUUCCCCGACACGUCUCAAGAUGGAUCCAAGGAGAGUGAAGUUCAACAUACUCUCGGGUACGUCAAUGGCAUGCCCUCACCUCGCCGGGGUGGCUGCACUAGUCCGCUCCGUUCAUCCAGAAUGGUCCCCGGCUGCUAUAAAAUCAGCACUGAUGACAACAUCCAUAUCAUUUGACAAUGGACAACUUCCUAUAGUGAAACACGAAGACAUGGAGCUAGCAACUCCAAUCAGCAUUGGAGCUGGUCACGUGAACCCUGAAUCAGCUAUUGAUCCAGGGCUAAUAUACGAUGCUGAUACAUCAGACUACGUCAAAUUUCUAUGCAGCUUGAACUACACUGAAAAACAGAUGAAAUUUUUCUCAUAUGAGGCAAAUCCGUGCUCUGGUUCUUGUGGAAUUACUCCACUAGAUCUUAACUAUCCAUCGUUCUCCGUUAUGUUCAGGCCUGAUUCCUCUGUUCAUGUACUCAAGCGGACGUUAACACACGUCGCGGCGACUAAGCCAGAGGAGUAUAGAGUCAAGAUAGUUAAUCUGAAUUCCGAAAAGAUUAGUUUAAGUAUAGAGCCAAUGAAGCUGAUGUUCAAUGAAACUUUGAAGAAACAAAGCUAUAUGGUGAAAUUUGAGAGCCAUUAUGUUUUCAACACCAGCAGGAGGAUAGCUGAGCAAAUGGCAUUUGGCUCCGUAUCAUGGGAAAGUGAAAAGCACACUGUUAGGAGCCCCUUUGCUGUUAUGUGGGUUCAACAAAACUUCAAUAACAGUGGAUUCUUUAUAUAACUCAAUGUUACGUACUAUGUUUUAUGUGCUAUAUAUAUCAUUGUACCUCUAGCCUCCCUUGUGAUUUGGUAGUUCACUAAGGCAACAUCUUUAAGUUUCAUCAGUGUAGCCCUGUUGUAGACCCGACCAUUGUUAUGUCAAUUUGGUAGUUACCACCAAGAAGAUAUAUUUAUGUCUAUUAAAGGGUGUUGAGGUUUAUAAUCCACGAAAAAUGAGGUGACAAUUGUUGUGA